GCUCCCGGGAGGCGAUAGAUGCGCGAGCUGUACUUUUCUACUGUGUUGGAGCGCUUCGCUGUUCGCACUUCUCGAGCUCAGUCCGAACGACAAGUGAACGGCGUGUCGAAAACGGAGUGGGACUUCAAGCGAGGAGAAGUUAUCGAAGGAGUCUGUAGUAUUGAUCGCAGCAGCUUGCACCUGGAUAAGCCCCAUCAUCAGCACACGGAGAAGCAAAGGAAGGAAGAAAGUGUGUUGACUGGAAGCACGCAGCUGUUACAGAAGGAAGGCAAUAUGAUGAUGAAGCAGCAUAUGCUGUUUACCCUGUACAGCAUCUGCGGGAUCGUCCUUAAAGAUAUUCUCCCCGUUUCAGUGGCGGCCACGAAAAACAAAGUGAGAGGAACCCAAGGCCAGUUCCCCAUCGGGAACAUAACCGUGACAGAAGGAGGGAUAGUCAACUUGACCUGCCGAGUUGAAAAUAAUGAAAACAACUCCCUCCAGUGGUCAAACCCGGCACAGCAGACCCUCUUCUUCGGGGACAAGAAAGCGCUGAGGGAUAACCGGAUCGAGCUGGUCCGAGCCACGUCGCAGGAGUUGACGAUCAGCAUCAGCGAGGUCACGCUGGGAGACGAAGGGCUGUACACCUGCUCUCUCUUCACCAUGCCUGUCAAAACAGCCAAGGCCUAUGUCACCGUACUGGGUGUGCCUAAGAAACCAGAGAUCAAUGGAUUCACUAAGCCUGCAAUGGAAGGAGAUCUCAUCACUCUGACCUGUGUGACCUCCGGCAGCAAACCUGCAGCUGAAGUCAGAUGGUUCAGAAAUGAAAAAGAGAUCAAAGGUGCAAAAGAGGUGAAUGCCAGUGGCAGGACGUUCACGGUUAAGAGUUCCCUGAGGCUCCAGGUGGACAGAAAUGAUGAUGGUGUUGCCUACACGUGUAAAGUGGACCAUGUGGCCCUGACGGCCACCCCUCAACAGACCACAGAGGUGCUGGAGGUCCACUAUGCUCCCCGGGUGGAGAUCAAACACUCCCUAACCAUCCCCCAGGAGGGGCAGUACCUGAAACUGGAAUGUGUAUCUAAAGGAAACCCUUCGCCAGACCCAGUGCUAUGGACUAAAGAUGGAGGAGAACUGCCGGAUCUGGACCGCAUGAUUGUUGAAGGGCGGGAACUUACCUUCACAUCACUGAACAAAACAGACAACGGCACCUACCGCUGUGAAGCAACCAAUCAUCUGGGCACCAAUCACGCUGAAUAUGUGCUGUUUGUCUACGAUGCCAACACCACACCGUCUCCAUCCACAACUCCCCUCGCACCCACCUCCCCAGACACCAAGCACCUCAAUCCUGCUAUCACCGGUAAGAGAGAUCCUAAUGCCCUGGAGCAACGUGGGCCAGAUCACGCUUUGAUUGGUGGAGUAGUCGCCGUCGUCGUUUUCGUUACUUUGUGCUUAAUUAUUGUAUUGGGACGCUACCUGGCGCGACAUAAAGGCACGUAUUUGACAAAUGAGGCCAAAGGAGCAGACGACGCCCCGGACGCAGACACAGCCAUCAUCAACGCAGACGGCAACCACGCGCACGCAGAGGAAAAGAAAGAAUAUUUUAUUUAGACUGCGAGCGGUACACCAUUCCUUUCCUCCUCUCGCUCCUCCCCGCAUCGUGUAGGAACUUCUUCAAGACAGCAGAGGAUUCUUUUCCCACAUUUCUCCUGCAUUUUUUACUUUCGCUUCGGUUCCGUUGCCUUCUCCGAUAACAGCUGAUCUCACCCGCUACUUUUAACGAGCAACUUAUUUGCUGAAGAUGUCACCUUUUGUAACCAUUGUAUAGCUGUAAAACACCCCAGAAUAGUACAAGAAUCUCCAAAUCUGAAAAAGAAGAAUAAUCUGCAGCCAUUUUUCAGUAAGGACUCAUCUCCAUUUUCUCACAGUGCCUAAAUAUACAGACGUCCAUUGAGUUGAUUCAAUGCCUUUAUGUGUGUCAGUAGACCUCUGAUUGGUUGUUUGCUUUGUAUCUUCAGCGUUUUGAUUUAAAAAAAAAGUUCUGUGCUCUAGUGUUGCUUUCGUUUUUUUUAUUCUUUUCACAUUUUCUUUGUGAUUCAUGCUGAAUCCAUUUAUUGUGAUGUUCCUCAACAAAAAAAGAUGUACAGUAGUCGAAAUAUACUCAGACUUGAAAUAAGGGAGGUUCCCUUUUUAUUCUGCAGAUUUGUAGGUGUUAAUAAUGUUAUUGGUACGUAGAGAUGCUCCAUUCUCCGGCUGACCAUUAAAUUGCGUGAAACUGACAAGCUCACACUAUGACUAAAAUCAGUAUUUUGUACUUGAAAUGUAGAUAUUGUUAAGUAAACGAAUAGUUCCACACAAGGUCUUAGUGAAUUACACAUAAAACUCACUUUGUAUUUUUGGUUAACUGAACUUUAUCACCGGAUAAACUAGCAGGUUUGUGGAUUUGCAACCAAGCAGGAAAGAACGAAUUCAUGACGCAUCUUCGCUUGGCUCCUAUGACACUUGGUUCUGCACUAGUCUGUAUAUUCCUGCACUGAUUGGCCCCCCAGCCUAUGAGGCUUUCCAUAUAGAACGUUGUCAUGGUAACAGAUCCACGGCCGAGUGAGGGGUGGGAAUCGUACAGUAUGUCAUCCUUUCAGCUGUUUACACAACCGUUGUGCCGAAGAUUCUCAUAACACCAGGAAAAAGUGAUAGGUUCAAGUGCAACUAUAUUUCAGUGCUGUUCAAUUUUCAUCACAAUUUAUAGGUCCCAAAAAGGUAUGCAAAAUUUCACACAUAUAAAAACAUUGCGCAAAAAGUGUCGCCCGCCUGCUCACUAUUGUGUGAGUUUCGGUCAAACGAUAAAACAAGCACAAGACAUCUUAUGAACGAGGUCUAAUGCGCAGAUAACUCAUGAGAAUAACGAUUCAAUUGUCAUCAUCCAAACCGUAUCGAUACCUGUCAUACAAUCACUGACGUUGCAAAUUAUGUUGAUAAAUGGUUGGAAGUGUUUCUGAAAUUACGGUAUCUUUUUCUGUUCUUUCGUUGAUUUCUACAAUGAAUAGACAACCUUGCUAAGGCUGUAUAAUAUAUCUGCUAAAUGUGGUAACUAGUGAAAAUUGUUGUUAGACUUUGGGGUCCCUAUUUCCAUCAAGUUUGUAUAUUAGCUGAUUUAAAUAUUGGUGGGGAAUUUUUGAUUUGAUUUGAUUUGUCGAUUAAAGAUUCUUAACUUCAUGGCUUUUCUUUUAAGCUCAAGGCAUGUAUAUAAUGUAUAAGUAUCACAUUUUGGUAAAAACAUUUUGGAAAGAAUUUCUUUGGUUCUGCUCACAAUGUAAGUUAUUUUUGUUUUGCUUAUUGAAAACCACAAUGGGUAUGACAGUAUUUGUGAGUAACGGAUUCUUAAUGAAACGGCGAAGCUACAUUUGUUUGAAUGGGAGAAUUCACACAUUAACAACCUGAUAUUCAUUUGCUAUAUACGAUUAGUGUUCAUGGCUACCUGCAUCACUGUCCGUCAAGUUGUUUAUUAUCAUUCUCACAUAGGACAACAUCACAAAGCUUCUAUAACCAAUAGCUCAAGCUUUCAUUUUUCAAGGUAGACUAUCCAAAACUGUUCGUUUUACCGAACUACAACAACACAUAUCACAACCAUAUACAAGUUUCAAAUAUAAGUGUCUUGUCACAUGUAUCUUUCAUUUUUGCGAAUAUGUUAAUGGCGUGGAGAAUGGUCGGGUCACUGGGCUGUGAUCAUACUUGUUUAGGGUACAAAAUAAAAUCAAUCAACUUGAGUCUUGUGAAACGAAACGCGGACAAGCUUACAGUACAUCCUACUGUUAUUUAUUUCUGUUUUUCUCAUGUUCUGUGUACGGUUGAUCGGCUCGAUACCAUCUGCCUACAUUAUAAUCACAACAAUUUUUGAUCAUCUCUGAUUGUGAUCCUGACUUGACGCUGCCUUCUGUAAUCAGUAAAUCACAUACUAUUAUCAAGACAAUAUAUCUCAGAUUUGCGCUCAACAUUUCCAGCUAUUAAUAAAUCAGCUUCUUUUAUCACCAUGAUUGCCUAUGUGUUUGUAGUGAGAGCUACACGUUGAGUUACGUCAGUACUGCUGUUGACUUUCACAUUGGCUAGUUCUGUUUCUGUUCUUUUAAACUCUCUUUUAUACGUUACAUGGUAUAGUUUACCUUUUUUUUUGUAUACUUCAUUCACUUUUUCUCAGAAUGCACAUCUAGUUCUAGUAGUGCUUUUUGUUCAGCUGUGAUUUAGACAGUGUUCAUAGCUACAGGGCUGUAACUAUCAUAAAAUUACAGGGGCAUGUCUCCCGCCAUGUUUAGUGUUUUAACAAUACGCAGUGCUUUAACAAUAUGCUUCGUUCUUAAACGAUUUAAUUGGCCCUCUACAAUCCUGAAUAUUUUGAUGCUUAAACAGCUUCAACAAAGCCACAAGAAUUAUAAGUCAAAUUUAACCCUAUUUCUUAAAGUGAUAGUUUACCCAAAAAUCUAAAUUCUGUCAUUAUUUGUCAUAAUUCUACAUUUUAUUUAAAAACUUUCAUACUUACUUUCUUCUGCACACAAAAGAAGAUAUUUUGAAGCACGUUGGUAGCCGGACAACAGCAGUACCCAUUCACUUGCAUUUGUUUUGAGUCCAUACAAUAGAAGCGAAUGGGUACCACCAUUGUUCGGUUACCAACAUUCUUCAAAAUAUCUUAUUUUGUGUUGUGACAAGAAGGUGAGUAAAUUAUGACAGAAAUGUCAUUUUUGGGUGAACUAUCCCUUUAAUGCACGUCAUUUAAACAUAACAGAACCUCCAAGUCCCUCCUCAAAUUUAGGCACAGUAUGUGUAGACAAUAAGAAAUCCACAAAAUAAAGUUGUUUGUCAACUGUAAUGUUUAGCAUUUCUCAUACAUUAUACUAGAUACAUACUGUACUAGAAAUGUUGUGUUUUAAGAGAAUCACUUUGACAAACUGGCAAUCCAAAACAGUUCAAAUUGUAAACGUAUGUCGAACACUGACAACCAAUCACAUCGUUUGCAUAUUUUCACAUCUCAGGUAUGAAUCAGGUUUUAUUUUGAUUUUGACAACACAUACGAGUACCUCAUACUUGUUCAUUGCUGUCUAUCUGCAUCUCUGUACAUGCAUUGUUCCCAUUCACAUAUCUCCAACAUACCAACCCUAGACAAACGCUUUAUCUCUCCAACACGAAGCGAAUCUUGUUACCACGAGUUUGCGAUCCGUUGCGAACUUUAGAGCAGAAAAAUACUCGGGCUAAUUUAGCUUGUAAUGUGUUACACUGAAAGGGCAGCUGUCAUAGCGAGGACGAGCUCCAUGUAGGUCAAGAUCAAAUAGUUUGAGGGAGACUCUAAUUUCACAGUUUUUCGCAUGGCCUUGCUAGAAUUAGCACCUGCACCGCCGACACCACAAUACGCACUGUUCCAGAAACUUCUGUAGUUAUAAAGUUGAAAAAAGAAAAAAAAUGCUGCUUAAAUUUCACUCGAGCACACCAUGUUCCUCUCGCGUCUCAAAAACAUUCAGAGUGCCAGUGAAACAGAUGUAGUGGGUAGCAUAUUGCGCUCUGGUAGAAUCGAGUACCCGGUUUAAAGCGAAACGGCCUCCCUCGCUCUUGAAAUGAUAGUGGCUUCAGAACACAAAGGGGUUUGUGCUUCUUGUAGCAAGCUGAAUAAAAAACGCCUCAUUAGGGUUUCUAUUUCUUUUUUUUUGUGUUCCAUGGUGUAUUCAGUUGGUUCGAGAUUCGAUUUUAAGCCUAAUUCACAUGUAUGGAAUGAAAUUGUUAAAUAAAUGAAUACCAAAAUC